AUGGACAACAUCCUCAGCAGUCCCACGCUCAGCUUCUUGAUCAUACUUCCAUCCGCACUAGCUGUCGUCGCCCUCUCCUCGCUAUUUCGAAGCUACUACCGACUACAACACAUCCCAGGACCUAUCAUCCCGUCUUUAACGGAUUGGUGGGCAACGAUCAACAUCUGGACCGGUCGUCCAUACUCCGACUUCAUCCCAGAGUUGCACGAGAAGUAUGGACCCGUGGUGAGAUGGGGACCGAAUCGCGUGUCUUUUGCAAAGCCGGAUGCUGUGGCGGAUAUUUAUGGGAUUAAUCGUCCGUUUCCGAAGGCUGCAUCGUAUGAGCCUAUGGUCGUCGUCAAUAAUGGCAAGCCUGUGGCUUCACUAAUUGGCACGCGCAACGAGAGACACAUUACUGAGGUCAAGAGGCAUAUUUCUGUCGGUUUCUCGCAAUCAACAUGGUUGAAACAGGAGGGCCAGAUCGACAGCGUCCUUCAACUCCUCAUCUCUCAGCUCCGCGCCAAAGUCGGCUCUGAAAUCGAUCUUCGCCACUGGCUGAGCUUCUGGUCCUUCGAUACCCUCGCCACGGUCGCCUUCGGUGAGAGUCGCGGUUAUCUCAAGCAUGGAGAGGACAUCGACGGCGUCUUCGCUAGUGGCUCCGCCCGCUUCAGGCACUGGGGUCUGUGGAUGUCGAUGCCGAGUUUGGAACAGCUCAUCUACAAGAAUCGAUUCGCGCAGAAGCCGCAGAAGGGAGGCAGCGCGUUGGUGCAGAUGGCCUUGAACCGAAUCCAGGAGCGAAAGGACGUCGACAAAGAAGCCGCCGGACAUGAUCUCCUAGGAAGAUAUCUCGCCGCCAGCCAAGCAGCGCCGGACGUAAUCGCCCCCAACGACGUCCUCGGCCUAACCAUCUCAACCAUCCACGCCGGCUCCGAAACAACAGCCUCGAACGCCUCAAUGGUCCUGUUACGAGUCCUCGAAAACCCCCGCAUCUUCUCCACCCUCGAACAAGAAAUCCUCCACGCCAACCUCUCCGACCCCCCCACCUUCGCCCAAGUCGACGCCCUCCCCUACCUCAACGCCUGCAUCCACGAAUCCAUGCGUCUGACCGCCAGCCCCAACUGCUUCGAGCGCACCGUCGCGCCCGCGGACGCGGAGAUCAGCGGCGUGCGCAUCCCCGCCGGCACGGACGUGUCGAUAUGUGAGACGUUCGUCAACGCCGACGUCGAGCUCUUCGGCGCGGACGCGGCGGUCUUCCGCCCGGAACGGUGGUUGGAUGUCGAGAAGGCGAAGUUCGCGGAGAUGGAUCGCGCUGGGUUUGGGUUUGGCUAUGGGAGGCGGCAUUGUAUUGGGCAGCAUUUGGCGAGGAUUGAGAUGAAGAAGGGGAUUGCUGCGCUGGUGGCGAGUUUUAAGAUCCAUUUGGCGGAGCGGCCGGAGUGGUGGGUGGAGGAUACCCAGGUGAAGAUGAGCUUAAAGGUGAGGUUAGAAGAGAGGGUAUAG